AUGUCGGUUCAAUCAACUGGGCGGCAUCUAAACCUACUCCAUCAGACCCUAGCCGGCUGUCCGAGUCCUCUGCGAGCUGUUCUACGGACGAAACCACCGACCCCCCGUUACAGUUCGACGUUGGCGCCAAAGGACUCAGAGAAGAGCGCUCCGACCACUCCAUCACGGGCCGAAAGAAAAUUCCAGGUCGACAUCUCCCUCUUCUCGCCCCUACUCGACCCACAUCCAUCGGAAACCGGACCGUACCAUGAAAUCUUCUUCGGAUCAAAGCCACCGUUCAUCCCGAUCCCAGACGAAAUCGUUCGCCAAUCACUCGGAGAACGGGGGAACUCAGCGACGAUCGAAUGCUUAUUGCCAUACUCACUAGACGAACGCGAUCUGAGGAAACUCAUGAAAUUCACCCUGGUCACCAAGCGAGUCGUCAACCAAACCGGCAAGGGUAAGAUCCCGAGCAUGUAUACCUUAGUCGUCGUCGGUAAUGGGAAAGGCUUGGUAGGCUGUGGGGAGGGGAAGAGUGAAAGAAUGGGCGAUGCGGCUGCUGCGGCUACCAAACAUGCCAUCAAGAACUUGGCUCCCGUCAAUGUGUUUGAAGGAAGAACGAUCCACUCAGAACUCAGGUCGAAAUUUCAUGCUACCGAGAUCGUCAUGAGACCGCGUCCGCCUGGCUUCGGACUAAGGUGCAGCCCAUUCAUACAUCAGGUUGCCAAAGCCGCUGGAAUUUCCGAUCUCAGCGCUAAGGUCACCCGAAGUAACAAUCCGAUGAACGUGAUCAAGAUGGCACUGAUGAUGCUCCAAUCUGGAGGAGCACCCGUUGGCAUGGGCGAUGGGUUUGGUGGAAAGGGCAAAAGAUUGGAAAAAGGAAUCGGUAUGCGAACGGGUGAAGAGCUCGCCCUGAUGCGCGGUCGGCGCUGUCAACCGUGGUCUAUUGAAGACAUAGAUUGA